CCCCCGCGGGAGAAGGGGCGAGGCGGGCGAAGGGCGAGCGCCCGCCUGUGCUCACCUCUGCCCAGACUUCGCAGGUGUCUGAGAGGCCGCCCUUGGGGUGAACUCCCCUGGCCCCCACCCCAGGGCGGACCCCUCGUGUCUCUGAGGCCCGCCCCCGUCUUUGUGUUCCAGCUCGGUUGGUCAAGGUCUCAAGGGCCAGGACAGUGGCCUGGGAGCCUCAGGAGAGCGGCCUGCGGGGCCCUCCGUGGGGGCCGCUCCAGGAAGGGCCGUCUUCUGCUGCUGACCCCCGUCAAAUCCCAUCAUGCCCACAGCCCUGUGCCCCCGAGUCUUGGCUCCGAAAGAGAGCGAGGAGCCCAGGAAAAUGAGGAGCCCGCCCGGAGAGGACCCCAGCCCCCCCGGGGAGCUGCCCAGCCCCGAGUCCUCCCGCCGCCUCUUCCGCCGGUUCCGCUACCAGGAGGCGGCGGGCCCGCGGGAGGCGCUGCACCGCCUGUGGGCCCUGUGCCGGGGCUGGCUGCGGCCAGAGCGGCACACCAAGGAGCAGAUCCUGGAGCUGCUGGUGCUGGAGCGCUUCCUGGGCGCCCUGCCCCACGAGGUGCAGGGCUGGGUGCGGGCCCAGGAGCCCGAGAGCGGCGACCAGGCCGUGGCAGCCGUGGAGGCCCUGGAGCGGGAGCCGGGGAGGCCCUGGCAGUGGCUCAAGCUCUGUGAGGACCCCGUGGUGAUCGACGAUGGGGAUGGGCCCCCGGACACAGCUUCGCAGGAGCGGCCGCCCACCGAGCCCCAGAGCGACCUCACCACCCCUGCGGGGAGCCAGGAUGUGCUGCCCACGGCCCUGCUGCAGGGAGCAGGCCUCCCCGGCCGCCCCCCCAGCGGGGACCCAGUUCCCCACGACCCAGACCUCCUUCCCGAAGCCACCCUGAGGGACGCGCAGCCAGCCAGCACCCUCCAGCUGCCCCCGAGCCGAGCGUCUCCCUUCAAGGACGUGAUCUUCUGCUUCUCGGAGGAGGACUGGUCCCUGCUCGACCCCGCCCAGACCGGCUUCUACGGAGAGUUCAUCAUCGGGGAGGACUGCGGGGUGGCGCUGCCCCCCAACGACCCUGCCGCCCCACCGCCCACCUCCCAGGGUGGGGAGAACAGGCCCCAGGGCCUGGAGCUGCAGGAGCUGCAGGAGAAAGAUGCACCCCAGGUCUCCUUCGAGGGCUUCCCCGGCGCCCAGCCGGACGACAGGAGGAAGCGCGACGAGCUACAGGUGCAGACCCCCGCAGACUGCGCCAGCCCAGGGCACCUGCGCAGCUGGAGGCGACACCCCGCCCCCCAGAACGGCCUGGAGGAGGAGGUGACCAUAGAGAUCGUCCUGUCCAGCUCCGGCGACGAGGACCCCCAGCUGGGCCCAUACUGCGCCGAAGGGCCGCGCAGCCCCCUGCAGAAGCCGCGGGGCCUCCCGCCCGCCCACCGCAGGGGCGCCGAGGCGGGGCCCGGGCCGCAGGGCCCCGGGAAGUCCUACGUGUGCCCCAACUGCGGGAAGAUCUUCCGCUGGAGGGUGAACUUCGUGCGCCACCUGCGCAGCCGCCGGGAGCAGGAGCAGCCGCUGCAGUGCUCCGUGUGCGGCCAGCUGUGCCAGGACAGCGAGGACCUGGACGGGCACCUGGAGACGCACGAGGCCCAGAAGCCCUACCGCUGCGGCGCCUGCGGCCGGAGCUUCCGCCUCAAGUCGCACCUGCUCUCGCACCGGCGGACGCACCUGCCGCCGCACGGCCCGGAGCCGGGGGCGCCCGAGGGGGGCGCGGCGCCGCUGCGCUUCCCGUGCCGCGAGUGCGGACGCGCCUUCCAGCGCGCAGACCAGCUGGCGCGGCACCGCGGCGCCCACGCCAAGGACCAGGCGCGGCCCUUCCGCUGCCGCUACUGCGCGCGCGGCUUCCCGCACAACCUCGACCUGCUGCGGCACGAGCGCAUGCACAUGCGGCGCCGCUCCAAGCAGGCGCUCAACUCCUACUGAGCGCGCCCGCCCCGCGCCCCCGAGCCCGAGGUGCUGGUGUCUGCUGGGCGCGCGGCCCCCACGGGCUGGACGCCGGGAGCAGUGAGGCCGGGUGGGCUGGAGGGCAGCAGGCCCCUCUGGCUCCAAGGCCCUGCGCCCCUGCCCCCCGGGAAGGGAGACCGGGUGUCCCUUGAAGCUGCUGUGGCUGUCGGUCACCUGCCACGGCGGCCUCCUUGAGGGCAGCCCACGUGUUAGACUAGAUACCCAGGGCCUGCAGCCAGCACCGGGCCCGUGCUGCCAGGGCCCAGCCGUCCUGCUUGGAAAGGUGCUUGCUCUGCCCUGCUCCGGUGCUGGCCAGCAGCAGUUGGUGCCUGCGGUCCUGGCUCACUUGGGCCGGAACCGGGCGGCUCAGCACAGCUGGGAGCAGCCUGGGUCUGUGGCCAGUGGGAUUGCAGCGUCCCUGCUCCAGGCGGUGGCCCCUUAUAGGGCCCCCCACACUGCAGGGUGUCCCCUCUCCAGCGAGGCAUCACCAUCAUCACGUGCUGGGGUGCCAGGGUCAGGACGUGGACGCGCGCGUGAGGAGACACGGCCAGGGCGGCCUGAGUGCUGCUGACUGGACUGCGGGGCUCUCCCCAGGAGGCAGGGCAAGAGGCCUCGGCUUCCAGGGCUGCAGCCCGCGGUGCCCUAGUGAGAGCCAGGUGGAGCCAGCGCGGCCUCCCACUGCCACUGGUGGGGGGCAGCCCCCGGGCCCUGCAGUGGGUGGCCAGCCUCUGCUUGCCAUAAAGGCCAGCUCAGGCCAACCAUGGUCAGCCUUGGGGACGUCCUCCCGAACCAUCAGCCUCUGGCACCGAUGUGCCCGCCCGGCCUUUCAGCCCGAGGGAGAGGAAACACCGAGUCCCCACCCCACACCCGAGGCCCCUCGCUGGGGCCCUCCAGACCUGUGUGUCCCGCAUGGGCGGGUCAGGCACAACGCCAACAGCCCUGUGGGGCAGAAGCACAGGACAACCCCGAGCCUUGGAGCCCCUGGGGAUGGUGCCCAGACCCAGCUUCACCCCAGUCAGCCCUGAGGGCCUGGGCAACUCAGGGGGAGCCCCACGUCUGCGGCCCCUUCUCCCCACCCGUCCCCACGCGUCCCCACACAGGUGCAUAAUAAAGACUCACUUCAGAACUGAGGAGUGUGUGUGCCCGGUGUGGGGGAGGGUCAGGCACCUGUCCACAGCCCAGGGGAGGAGCUGAGUCCCAGAGUCGAGGUGGGGGUGACUGAGCAGCUGAGCGGCAUCCACAGCAGGG